GGUACCUGCAGUGCGGGCGAUUGGAGUGAGUGAGCAUGCUACGCUUUUGGAGGACGCGGAGGAGCGCUGCCUUGUCGAACGCCCUGUCUAUCGUGGAGAUGAAUGUGCACAUGGACUGCGAGGGCUGCGAGAAGAGGAUAAGGAAGGCCAUGUCCCGGCUCGAAGGCGUGAGCACGGUGGAGAUCGACAUGGACGCGCAGAAGGUGACGGUGACGGGGUACGUUGACCGGCGGAGGGUGCUCCGGGCGGCGCGGCGCACGGGGAGGGCGGCCGAGUUCUGGCCGUGGCCGUAUGACGCCGAGUACUACCCGUUCGCGAUACGGUACCUGGAGGACGACACCUACCUGCCCACGCACAGGUACCACCUCCACGGCUACAACGAUCCGGUGGUGGGCUACUACCCCGGCCACGCCUUCACGCACAUCGUCGACGACCGCGCGCUCGCGCUCUUCAACGACGACAACGUGCACGCCUGCGCCGUCAUGUGAUCCUCCGAAAGAAAUUUAUAGACAACAACAAAAAUAUGCUGUUGAUAUAAUGAUAUAGGACGAAGAACACACGUCAAGUGUUUCUAGCCAAUCUUGGGCAAGGGGUAUAGAGAACAAGGCUAGCAUCACUGAUUAAUUCGCUGUCCUUUGAAAUUGACCACCGGAUAGGAACAUAUAUAAUCUAGCCGAGACGAUGCUGUUUUACAUUGCGGACAAAGAAAAGAUGCUGCGAAAACAUCGAAUUAUUCGAUGCUAGUGGACGAUCUCGCUAAGGUAUCUUAUGUAGUUUAAUCUUGUCUGAUUGAACAACA